AUGUCCAAAUCUCUUGUCUUCAUCACCGGUGCAACCGGCUUCAUCGGAACCCAUGUGGUUGCUGCUACACUGAAAGCCGGAUACCGCGUUCGACUAAGCAUCCGCAAAGCCGAGCAAGAAGCCGGUCUCAGAAAGCGCUGGGCCGAGUUCAACAGCGACAUCGAGAUCCUGGUCAUCCCCGAUCUAUCCAAUGUUGACAGCUUGAAAGCCGCGCUCUACAAUGUCGACUACAUCUUCCACAUCGCCUCUCCCAUGCCGGGAAGCGGCAAUGAUCUGGAGCGCGACUACGUGAUCCCAGCUGUGAAAGCUACGCUCUCAAUGCUUAAUGCCGCAUUGGCACACAAGCAGAUCCAGCGAGUCGUCAUCGUGUCCUCUCUUCUCUCGCUCGCAGUUCCCGAUGCUCUGAUCUCAAAGAACGUUGUCGCAAAGGAAAACACCGGAGAAGUCAUUUACGUCGACCCCGAAAUGACCUUCGCAGAGGGCUUCGCAGGGCACGGGCUGCGAUACGCCGUGUCUAAGAUCCGCGCACACCAAGCAACGCGCGAUUUCCUGAAGACCGAAAACCCGCACUACAAGAUCCUUACUCUGCACCCAUCUUUCGUGCUCGGUGAAGACCUCAACCAGACAACCGCAGCCGGUCUCGCUGGAAUGAACAAUCUCUUCUAUCAAUCCCUCCUCAGUGAACAGCCUCGUAUCGGUAACGUGUGGGCGCAUGUUCGCGAUGUGGCUGAUGUGCACGUGAAGGCACUGCAGGCGGACGCUGAAAGUGGCACGGAGUUCAUCAUUUCUCACCCUCCUGUGUCGUGGGAGGAUGAGGCGAAGUUUGUCAAGGAGAAGUAUCCCUCUUUGGGAUGUAAGUUGCAGCCUCCAUUCACGGGCGGUUGGGACGUUUAUCCUACUGCUGCUGAACAGAUUCUUGGUAUUAAAUGGCGAUCGCCGGAGACCAUUAUCGAGGAUGUUGUGAAUCAGCAGCUGGCGCUCAAGGCUCAGGAAGCGGCUGUCUAG